AGGAUAUAUAUCAGAAGAUUGUUGAUAUAUUUUUUGUUUUAUUAUUGUCGUCGUUGUUCGUCGUCGACUAACGAAACGAUUGCGCAGAUGGAACAAAUGCAGACAUUUGAUGAUGAUUCGAUCCAUCAAACACACACACACGCACAUUUCAUGUUGAACAAAUGUUUUUGUUUUUUUUUUUGGAAAGUGUCUGCAUUUCAUCCAGAUCCGGUUUUGGGAUAUCAUCACUAUCAAGAAAAUUAUAAUACGAUUUAUUACGACUUGGGAAUUGUUGUUUAUUUUUUUUCCUCAUUGUUUUUAUGUGGGUUAAUAAUAUCAUUAUAUAAACCCCCCAAAAAAAACUAAAGAAGAAAAUUAUUUAAACAAAUCGGCUUUUUUCCCUCUUUUUUUCUAUUAUGACGAUGUGAUAAUCGAUUGCAAAUUAUCAUUUGCCCAAUAUCCUAAUAAAGUACGACUUAACAACGUUAACACAACGGCAACGACGUUUUUAUUACGACGACUACGACGACGACGCACAUUUUUUAUACCUACCAUAUGAAACCUAGACAAUCAUUUCAUCAUUUUCUACAUUUGUUUCUACAUUCCAUUUAUAUUCUCAUCGAUUCUUUUUUUUUCUUUUAUUGACAACACACGCAACGAAGACGUCAGCGAAGAAUAAUUUGCAUAUCCAAGUGAUUGAAAAAUUUCAUUUUAUUUUGCCUCAAAAUUAUUCGCUACUAAUUUUAAUAUCUAUAUAUAUGACAUAUAUGUGAAAAUGUCAAUAAUUUUGACUCUCGUAUGAUGAAGAAAAAUUUAUGAAAAUCAUUUUUAUUUUUAAACCCUGAAAUGAUUACAUUCACGACAGGAAAUGAAAACAAUUUCAACUCGAUCGUCGACUGAAACCGACAAUAAUUGUAAUAAUAAUAAUAACAACAACAACAACUGAAAAUCAAAUCAUUCCGAAUGUCUUUUAUCAAAAAUCUUUCCAAUCCACAACAACAACAACAGACACAACCAUCGGUUGUGUCCAUAACGUCAACUUUGUUGUCACGUCGUGGUUCCAAUAAUAAUAAUGAUACGACAAAUAAUAUUUCUUCCGGUGAAUGGACUGCCCGUACCGAGACAUAUGAUUCAUAUAAUGAUCCAUUUGGUGAUCAAAUAAGUAAUAAUAAUUUUCAACAACAACAAAAUGAUUAUGAUGAACAGCAACAACAACAACAACAACCACCACCAUUAAUUGAUCCAUUUGAUAAUAAUAAUUGCCAUACAAGAACUAUUAUCAGAAAAUUGGGUCUCAAACGAAAUAGCCAAAGUAAUGGAACAAUAGAUUCAAAGGUCAGACUUGAUCGUGUACUUGGCUUGACCGUUUCAAAUAAUGCUUCGUUGGACUGUGAUCUCUAUUCUGGAACUGUUGUGUAUACAUCUGGAUGUGUAUUAGUACUAUAUAAUCAACGUAAAAAUAAACAAUUUCAUAUAAUAAAUUCGUUGAAAAAACCAAUCACAUGUUGUAAAUUUUCCAAAGAUGGCAAAUAUAUUGUCACUGGUGAGUGUGGACAUCAGCCACAAUGUCGAAUUUGGGAAGUAUCUACUGGUGAACAAGUUGCAUGCUUAUCCGGUCACAAAUAUGGUAUCAAUUGUGUGGCCUUUUCACCUGAUGGAAAAUAUGUAGUUUCAAUUGGAUCACAACAUGAUAUGAUGGUCAAUGUUUGGGAUUGGAAAACGAAUCAUGUUGUCGCGUCGAAUAAAGUAUCGGUUAAGGUUAAAUCGAUUUCAUUUUCGGAUAAUGGAAAUUAUUUUGUUACCGUUGGUAAUCGACAUGUAAAAUUUUGGUACCUUGAAUAUAAUGACAUUGCCAAUAAAAAUAAAUUCGAAUCAUUACCGUUGAUGGGAAGAAAUGCUAUUCUUGGUGAUCAACGGAAUAAUUAUUUCUGUGAUGUGGCCUGUAGCCGCGGUGAUUCUAAUUCUAAUCUAGAAUCAACAUAUGCCAUAACCAAAUCUGGUCUUCUUUGUGAAUUCAACAAUCGUCGUUUGUUGAAUAAAUGGGUCGAGCUUAAGACUGAAUCUGCCAAUUGUUUAACAAUAAGUCAUAAUUAUAUUUGUGUUGGCUGUGCUCAAGGUGUGAUAAGAUGUUUUCGGCCACGAACAUUGGAAUUUGUCUGUUCAUUACCACGGCCACAUCAACUUGGUAUCGACAUAGCUAAAGGUUUCACAUCUCGUAAUGAAAUGAAUUCGAUUGCCAAAAUGUCAAUGAUGAAACCGAAAUAUUCCGAUACGAUUGCAGUCGUUUAUGAUGAUUAUAAUAAAGUUGUUACAGCUGUUUAUUCAGAUCGUAGUAUAUAUUUUUGGUCAUUGAAUGAUAUCAAAAGAAUUGGAAAAUUGAAUUCCUUUUUAUAUCAUUCCAGUUGUAUAUGGGAUAUUGAUGUAUAUCCUUACAAUUCAAAAAGUUCUCGCCAUCUAUUACCACCGGGAACAUUUCUUACCUGUUCGAGUGAUGAUACUAUUCGUAUAUGGAAUACCGAAAUGGAUAUGAAUUCUUCGAAAGCAUCCAAUUAUAUUUAUAAGAAAAAUUUUUUUAGUCCAGAAUUAAUGAAAAUACUUUACAUGGAUCCUGAUUUAAAUUAUUUAUGCGAUCAGGAUUUGGUUCAAACAAAAUCCAAUUCAAAUGGAAAUGGCUCUAUGCAAAGUUCAGAUCAAUAUGAUAGUAAAAAUGGAAUUCGAGCAAUCAAAUUUUCUACCGAUGGAAAACAUUUAGCCUCAGGUGAUCGUUGCGGAAAUAUUCGUAUUUUUGAUUUGGAAAUGCAAAAAGAUUUGUUCAAAAUUGAAGCUCAUGAUGGUGAAGUCCUGUGUUUAGAGUAUUCAAAUGAAGAAGCUUGUGGAAGAUCUUUGCUUGUGUCAGCUAGUCGUGAUCGAUUCAUACAUAUUUAUGAUGUUCAUCGUCAAUACUCUUGCAUACAAAACAUUGAUGAUCAUUCAUCAUCGAUUACCUCAGUAAAAUUUGUUUGUAGUAAACCGAAUCCGAUGAAUUUGAAGUUAAUCAGUUGUGGUGCAGAUAAAUCAUUAAUUUUUCGGAAACAAACAGAUCCUGAAUCAGAUUUUCGUCUAGAACAUCAUGUAGCCGGAAAAUGUACUUUCUUUGAUAUGGCUGUUGAUCAGAAAAAGAAUCAUAUCAUCACUGCAUCUCAAGAUCGAUUAAUUCGUACCUAUGAUGUAUGGACAGGAAAGAAUGUUAACAAUUUCAAAGGAUCAUUGGGUGAAGAUGGAGCAUUGAUCAAGAUAGCCUUUGAUCCAAGUAUUACUUUCAUUGCCACUUCAUGUACUGAUAAAAGUAUCUAUAUAUAUGAUUAUCAAACGGGUGAAUGUUUAGCGACAACAAGUGGACAUUCAGAAAUCGUAACAGGAUUGAAAUUCUCUUUAGAUGGACGAAAUUUAAUUUCUGUUUCUGGUGAUGGAUGUAUAUUUAUUUGGCGAUUACCAGUCGAAAUGACCAAUGCAAUUGCCUCCAAACUUGGUUUACCAUUGAUUUCGGAUUCGUGCCAUACAACUACAAUCACAAAUCGUUCACUUAAUAUUCCGAUUCAGAACGAACUAAUUGGCAACAAUGGUACGGCUGAUGUGCCAUCCGUUUAUCAUCGUUUUGAUGUUUCAACAUUACCCACAUGGGUUCGAAAACAAAUGUUUGAAGAGAAUAGAGAAAAAUAUUCCAACAACAAUUCUAUGAAUGUUGACAAAGAAUUUUCCAAAACAUUACCACGUGGACGUUGGGCUCAUCGUUUCGUGGAAGAAGGACAUGAAAUGAAUCCUGGUCUAGUCAAAGCUUAUGCCAAUAAUUUUGAAACAAUGGCAUCCAGAAGUACACCUACAACGCCCUCUGGUAUCAAUUCACCUUCGAUUAAAGAUUCGAUUAGACAAAAUAAUCGACUUAGUAUGAUUAUUACUCGAGAUCAUCCACGUACAAAAUCUUCAUUGUCAAGCGGAGUUGAAGAUGAUGACGAUGAUCGUAACACUACCGAUUCAGAUAACACAUAUAGCCAUGAUUCUUCUUAUAAAGUGAACAAAGUAUCUAAUGAUCGUCCAAGAUCGUGUAAAGUUUCGGAUACUUAUUCAAUGGUAUCAUCUAUAUCGAUGGCAAAUAUUAAUGAUGUUCCUUACGAUGAUGAUGAAGGAUCAACAAUUGAAACAAGUAAAAAUAAAGACGACAAAAAUCGCUACAAUUCAUUGUAUAUGAGUACGGAAAAUUUGGAACGAAUUGAUCAACGAAAUCGUUAUUUGAAAAACGUGUUUGAAAAUAUCGAUAAAAGUAAUAUUGAUAAUAAUAGCGCUUCUGAUGAUUCUGGAAUCAAUCAAAUUGAUCAUAGUUUAAGUAGUAACAGUACAUUAGUCAAUCAUCAUCAUCAUCAUCAUUCAGUAUCACCACCACAACCAAAUGUUCGACAAAGCCUUUCAUCAAGAUCAUCACUUAAUAAUAAAAUAACUUCACCGCCGAAUGGAAAAGAUAAUCAUCAUCAUUAUAAUGAGACAACAUCAGAUGACGCCACAUUGAGUGAUAUCACGGAUAUCAAUCAAGAUCCGUCAUCAUCUCCAGACGGUUUAACAACAACAACAACAAUAACAACCAACAAUGAUUCGACGAAAUUUUCUUUAUUGGAUACGAUCAAUGAAACUUCUAUAUCAUCACCAACAAUUACCAAUGAGGAAGACGACAAAGACAUAAGUAAAAUGGAUUCCAAUACUAAUACAAUUAUUACGCAUAUGGAUUCAAAGACAUCGACGACAACAACAACAACAACAACGUCCAAGACCAAUAAUAUUUCAUCAAGCGUAACGACAAUUUUGGUCGAUACCACCAGUAAAGACAAUGUCAAAUCAACACCAACGCAACAGCCAUUUAUGUCGAAAAAACGUGAAGAGUUGGCCAAAACAUUGAGCGAAGCUAAAAAACGUCUUCAAUCGGUUGGUUCAACACCAUCAUUGACCAAUUCUAGAUCGGUGGCCAAUCUUCGUGCAUUAACAUUGUUUUCAACACCAGAUGAUGAAAAUUCCAUUGUUCGACAUAGAAAUCGUGGAGGUGAUCUAACUAGUGGCGAUGAUGAUGACGAAAAUUCCUAUCAUAGUUUAUCUGUCGAUGCAUUCCGUAAAUCAAUUUCAUUGAGUGAUCUAUCACGUUCAUCCUGUACAUUACCACGAAAAUUGAGCAUAUAUCGAGCCAAUAAUAAUUCAGCUACUGCAACAUCAAUGAAUAAUUAUCAAUUUGCACCACUUUGGGAUCAGAGACGUGUCGGUUCUACUGCCGGUACACCGCCAAAUUCAGGUUCAUUAUCACGAACACCGAGUACGAAUACAUUGAAUAAAGUUGACAUGAUGCGUUCACAAUCUACACUUUGUCGUCAAGGUUUAUGGAAUGCUGUGAAUCAAUCACCGGCACCACCAUCCACACCUUUAUCGGUUGCUCAUCCUGUGAAUCCAGCUAUUGCUCACCUAAAACCACCUAUGUCGACAGUCUCACCUACAGGAAUGAUCAUUAAUCCACGUUCAGGGCGUAGUUCGGCACCACCUUCUCAAUUUCGAAAAUCUGCUGCCACAAUAUCCUGUGCCAGUUCCUCUCGACGUGGUGAUAGUACUGAAGAUGAUGAAGAAAUAGAUGGUUCAGCCAUCAAUUCAGAUGAUGAUAAUUCUGAUGAACAUAGAGCAAUACGGCCACGACCUGUUACACCACCGAAACCAAAUAUUCUUAAACAAAUACGUCGAAGUUCCAAUUCUAAUGGCGGUCCAAUGAUGAGCACUGUGAAUGUUUCGAUGAAUCCUUAUCAAAAUCAUCAUUAUGUUCAAAAUCCACAUCAGCCUAUCACACAGUCUGCUCGUCCUCGUCGGCUAUGGUCAGCGGAUACGAUGAGAUCAUCUAAAAGUGAAUUCAAUCUUGCAAGUAUUGGUCGUGAUACUCCGGUAAGACGAAGAAAUAACAGUGGAGUAUCAGCUGGUGGGCAAAUGUGGCCUCAAAAUCCAGCAUUAGUCGUGAAUGAUAGGUUUGAUCUAUAUAUGACAAAUCCAUCAUCCAUUCCUUUGUCACUCGAUUUAUGUCAACAUUUGGUCAAUGAAAUGAACUUUUUGACCAAUUAUGCUUCACGAAUACAUGAAAGAGCUUCAUAUUCGGAAAACACUGCCAUUGUUGAUUAUCUGAAAGAAACACUUGGUCAAGUCAGUCGAGAUAUACAAGCAAUAGUUGGACUUUCACCCAACAAACCAACCAUCCCUAACAAGCCAGAUAUUGUUAUUAAUAAUAAUGAUAACGGUGGACUAAAACAGACUAAUGGGAACCAUGAUAAAAAUAAUUCAUUAACCACCGCUGCAAGCCACAGCCAAAAUAAUCAUAUACCUGAUCCUCAAACACAGGAAAUGUUUCAACAAUUUAUGGCAUUCUUAAAGAUGACAAAAGGUGGUUCAUCAACACCUUCUACUACAACAAUCAAUGGUCAAUGCCAAAACACACAGCAACAGUCAACAUCCAAUAUAGUCAACAAUAAUAAUGUUAAUCAUAAUAAUAAUGUGAAUAGUGAUUGAAAAUGACCAAAAA